AUGAAGCUGCACUGUGAGGUGGAAGUGAUCAGCCGGCACUUGCCGGCCUUGGGGCUGAGGAACCGGGGCAAGGGUGUCCGAGCUGUGUUGAGCCUCUGUCAGCAGACGCCCAGGAGUCAGCCGCGGCCCCGGGCCGGGGGCGAGCCGGGCAGUUCGCACCCCGCUUGCCUGCUCAUCUGCACCCUGAAGGACAAGCGCGGAACCCGCUAUGAGCUAAAGGAGAACAUUGAGCAAUUCUUCACCAGAUUUGUGGAUGAGGGGAAAGCUACUGUUCGGUUAAAGGAGCCUCCUGUGGAUAUCUGUCUAAGUAAGGCCAAUUCCAGCAGUUUAAGAGGUUUCCUUUCAUCUGUGAGACUGGCUUAUAGAGGCUGCGAUGUUGAUACACCACUUUCAAUGCUCACACCAGUGAAGACUUCAGAAUUUGAAAAUUUUAAAACUAAAAUGGUUAUCACAUCCAAAAAGGACUAUCCUCUAAGCAAGAACUUUCCAUAUUCUCUGGAACAUCUUCAGACUUCUUAUUGUGGGCUUGUCCGAGUUGAUAUGCGUAUGCUUUGCUUAAAAAACCUUAGGAAAUUAGACUUGAGUCACAAUCAUAUAAAGAAGCUUCCAGCUACGAUUGGAGACCUAAUACACCUUCAGGAACUUAACCUGCAUGACAAUCACUUGGAGUCAUUUAGUGUAGCCUUGUGUCAAUCUACACUUCAGAAGUCACUUAGGAGUUUGGAUCUCAGCAAAAACAAAAUCAAGGCACUCCCUGUGCAGUUUUGCCAGCUCCAGGAACUUACAGAAUUAAAACUUGAUGAUAAUGAAUUGAUUCAAUUUCCUUUCAAGAUAGGACAACUAAAAAACCUUCGUUUUUUGUCAGCAGCUCGAAAUAAGCUUCCGUAUUUGCCUAAUGAGUUUAAAAGUUUAUCCCUUGAGUAUGUGGAUCUUUUUGGAAAUACUUUUGAAAAACCAAAAGUCCUUCCAGUUAUAAUGCUGCAAGUGCCGUUAACUCUACUGGAAUGUUCUGCACAAACCAUACUAAAUAAUAGGAUUCCAUAUAGCUCCCGUAUCAUUCCUUUCCAUCUUUGCCAAGAUUUGGAUUCUGCAAAAACCUGUGUUUGUGGAAGAUUCUGUCUAAACAGUUUCAUUCAAGGAACUACCACCAUGAAUCUACACUCUGUUGCUCACACUGUGGUCUUAGUAGAUAAUAUGGGUGGUACUGAAGCACCUAUUAUCUCUUACUUCUGUUCUGUAGCCUGUUAUGUAAAUUCUACUGAUAUGUUGAAGUAA